UUUUUAUCUUUUGGACAUUUUCAGGGAGAGAAAAGAUGGCGACACCUAAAGAGGUGCUCUUAAGAACUUUAGAAGAUUUGGGAGCCGAGGACUUCAAAAAAUUCAAGUGGUACCUGCAGCAGCAGGAAGUCCUCGAAGGCCUCCCAGCAAUCCCAAAGAGUCGACUGGAAGGUGCAGACCGGAUGGACACAGUGGAUCAGAUGGUUCAGAAUUAUUGUUUAAACACGAUUAAAGUGACCAGAACAGUUUUAGUGGAAAUUAAUCAGAAUGAACUUGUGAAGAAAUUAUCUAACACCACCUUUGAACCUGCAGAGAUUCUUGCUGUGUGCCAAAGAAAACUCAAAUGCAACUUACAAAGGAAGUUCCAGUGUGUGUUUGAAAAAAUCACCAAAGCAGGGGUCAAUUCUACUCUUCUGAAUCAGAUCUACACAGAGAUCUACAUCUCAAUGGAAGAAACUGCAGAGGUCAACAUGGAGCAUGAGGUCAGACAGAUUGAAACAGCAUCCUGGAAACCAGACAGACCAGAAACAAGAAUCAGACCAGAAGACAUCUUUAAAGCCCUACCUGGAAGAGAUAAACCAAUCAGAAGAGUGCUGACAAAGGGAGUGGCUGGCAUUGGGAAAACAGUCUUAACACAGAAGUUCACUCUGGACUGGGCUGAAGACAAAACCAACCAGGACAUCCACUUCACAUUUCCAUUCACUUUCAGAGAGCUGAAUGUGCUGAAAGAGAAAAAGUUCAGCUUGGUGGAACUUGUUCAUCACUUCUUUCCUGAAACCAAAGAAGCAGGAAUCUGCAGGUUUGAAGAGUUCCACGUUGUGUUGAUCUUUGAUGGUCUGGAUGAGUAUCGACUUCCUCUGGACUUCCACAACACUGAGAUCCUGACUGAUGUCACAGAGUCCACCUCAGUGGAUGUGCUGCUGACAAACCUCAUCAGGGGGAAACUGCUUCCCUCUGCUCGCCUCUGGAUAACCACACGACCUGCAGCAGCCAAUCAGAUCCCUGCUGAUCCCUGUGUUGUCAUGGUGACAGAGGUCAGAGGGUUCACUGACCCACAGAAGGAGGAAUACUUCAGGAAGAGAUUCAGAGAUGAGGAGCAAGUCGGCAGAAUCAUCUCCCACAUCAAGACAUCACGAAGCCUCCACAUCAUGUGCCACAUCCCAGUCUUCUGCUGGAUCUCUGCUGGAGUUCUGGAGAAGCUGAUGAAAACCAGAGAGAGAGGAGAGCUGCCCAAGACCCUGACUGAGAUGUACAUCCACUUCCUGGUGGUUCAGACCAAACUGAAGAACAUCAAGUAUGAUGGAGGUGCUGAGAGAGAUCCACACUGGAAUCCAGAGAGCAGGAAGAUGAUUGCGUCUCUGGGAAAACUGGCUUUUGAUCAGCUGCAGAAAGGAAACCUGAUCUUCUAUGAUUCAGACCUGACAGAGUGUGGCAUCGAUGUCACAGCAGCCUCAGUGUACUCAGGAGUGUUCACACAGGUCUUUAGAGAGGAGAGUGGACUGUACCAGGACAGGGUGUUCUGCUUUGUCCAUCUGAGUGUUCAGGAGUUUCUGGCUGCUCUUCAUGUCCAUCUGACCUUCAUCAGCUCUGGAGUCAAUCUGAUGGCAGAAGAACAAACAACCUCCUGGUUACCUAACGUCUUCAGAGACAAACCUAAAAUAAAACAUCUCUACCAGAUUGCUGUGGACAAGGCCUUACAGAGUCCAAAUGGUCACCUGGACUUGUUCCUCCGCUUCCUCCUGGGUCUUUCUCUGGAGACCAAUCAAAGACUCCUACGAGGUCUGCUGACACAGACAGGAAGUAGCUCAGAGAUCAAUCAGAAAACAGUUCAGUACAUCAAGAAGAAGAUCAGUGAGGAUCUGUCUGCAGAGAGAAGCAUCAACCUGUUCCACUGUCUGAAUGAACUGAAUGAUCGUUCGCUAGUGGAGGAGAUCCAACAUUCCCUGAGAUCAGGAAAUCUCUCCACAGAUAAACUGUCUCCUGCUCAGUGGUCAGCUCUGGUCUUCAUCUUACUGUCAUCAGAAACAGAUCUGGACGUGUUUGACCUGAAGAAAUACUCUACUUCAGAGGAGGCUCUUCUGAGGCUGCUGCCAGUGGUCAAAGCCUCCAACAAAGCUCUGCUGACCUCCUGUAAGCUCUCAGAGAGAAGCUGUGAAGCUCUGUCCUCAGUCCUCUGCUCCCAGUCCUCUAGUCUGAGAGACCUGGACCUGAGUAACAAUGACCUGCAGGAUUCAGGAGUGAAGCAGCUGUCUGUUGGACUGAAAAGUCCCCUUUGUGAACUGAAAAUGCUAAGUCUGUCAGGCUGUCUGAUCUCAGAGGAAGGCUGUUCUUCUCUGGCCUCAGCUCUGAUCUCCAACCCCUCCCAUCUGAGAGAGCUGGACCUGAGCUACAAUCACCCAGGAGACUCAGGAGAGAAGCAGCUGUCUGCUCUACGAGAGGAUCCACACUGCAGACUGGAGAAUCUCAGGGUGGACCAUGGUGGAGAGCACAGGUUAACACCUGGUCUGAGGAAGUAUUUCUGUCAACUCACACUGGACACAAACACAGUAAACAGAGGACUCAAACUGUCUGAAAACAACAGGAAGGUGACACGUGUGACAGAGGAACAGUCAUAUCCUGAUCAUCCAGAGAGAUUUGGCUUCUCUCCUCAGCUGCUGUGUAGAGAUGGUCUGACUGGUCGCUGUUACUGGGAGGUCGAGUGGAGCGGAAGAGUUCACAUAGCAGUGAGUUACAGAGGAAUCAGAAGAAAAGGAAAAAGUGAUGACUGUGUGUUUGGAAGAAAUGAUCAGUCCUGGAGUCUGGACUGCUGUGAUGGUGGUUACUCUUUAUGGCACAGUUACAGAAAGACCGUCCUUGUUCACUCCUCCUCCUCCUCCUCUUCUGGUAGGGUAGCAGUGUAUGUGGACUGUCCUGCAGGCUCUCUGUCCUUCUACAGAGUCUCCUCUGACACACUGAUCCACCUCCACACCUUCAACACCACAUUCACUGAACCUCUUCAUCCUGGGUUUCGGCUCUGGUCACUUGGUUCCUCAGUGUCUCUUCCUGUCCUGUAGUCUAAACAAUGGGCAAGGCAUCACUCUGGUUAACAUUUGGCUCACUUAUUGUACACAAAACGUUCAGCCCUGAGGAGACAAUUUCUACAUUCCAGGACAAUUACAUUUCUGACUAUAAAGGCACAAACUGUGUUGACUUAAAUAUUCAGUAUAAUAAAGUUUUCUUAGAGCAGCAUCUUGUUGCUGCAUGUCAUUCAGUUCAGUUAAAGCUGCAGGAGUUUAUGUUUCAGUCCCACCUAACAAAUUCAGGAGACUUGAGAAUUAAAAAACACCAAUUGCAGAUAUACAGCAAAUUAAAUCCAGUGUAUUUAAUGAAGUUGACUACCUUACUUUGUUGAGCAGGUCCCUCCUCAGCCCUAUCAAGCACACCCAUACCUGGUUAAUCCAAGUUGUCCUUUUUAUUUUUUUGUUUUCUUCACGAAAACCACUUAAUCACAUGCUUGGUCAUUGGUCUUAAAAGUUAGACUAAUACUGUAUUCAAUGUCAGCAAAGAAUUGCUUCCCAAUGGAUCAGUUGUUCUCCAGCCAUCAUAUUCCUGCAGUUGAUGGAGCCUCCUUUAAAAUGGCAGCCACAGUGAUGACAGUGACAGACGUUGUUGCACAUAUUGUAAAUAUCUUCUUAAAGAGCAGUCGUGGGAGCUGUAGGGGGGAGCAGUGCUUUUUUUCUCAUGUUUUGUGAUUUAGGUGGUGAGUUAAGCUGACUGUUUUUUCUUUAGUUUCUUUUGAGUUUCUAGGUAAGAAUUAAAAUGAGAUUUUGUUUGUUGUGUUGGUCAUGCUGUCUAUUUUCCUUGAGUUAUGUAAAUAAAUGGACUCUGAAUGAACUGCAUCUGUUGUGGCAUUGAUCA